AUGAGUGACCGAGUAUUAUUAAAGGUGUAUUAUUUUGGUCAGAUUUUACUACAAACUUCGGAAGGAGUAAAAUUUAUAUGUGAAAAACCCUUAGAUGUUGUUAUUCCCUUUAUCAUCUCAUUUGAAGAGCUGAAAGGGGUGAUUUCUGAAGCCAUUGAUUCUGAGAGAGCAAGAAAGAUAUCAUGUAUUCUAUACAGAUAUCCCAUACAGGUAUUUGGUGGAUUCGUCCAGUUUCAAAGCAGAUAUGUGACGGACGAAGCGAGCAUGCAAGAGAUGUUUUCAAUGUAUAUUGAAAACCGGGCUCAGAUCUCCUUCAUCGAGUUGUAUAUUGAGUUUGAACAAUCUGAGGCCGACCGAAAUAUUCUACGAGAAGAUUAUAAUACUGACAGUGAAGAAGAGUUCGAAAGUAACUACCAGUUUGUUGGUCCAGAUGGAGAUGGAGGUGAAGAUGAAGGUGAAGGAGCAACGGCGCCAGAUGUAACAGAGGUGGCAAAUGCACUCGCAAACGAUGAGCCGUUUGAGGAGCCAUCAUUCAUGCGAGUUUUGGAUUUGGAAGCCAUGCAUGUUCCGGAGUUUCCGGGAUAUAUGACUGCAGAGAUUCCUAUUGUCGCAGAUGGUGAGUUUGCCGUUGGUAUGGAGUUCGGUUCGAGGGAAGCUGUUAUUAAGGCGAUAAAAGAGUAUACCAUACGACGAAGUGUAGACUACCGGGUGUAUGAGUCUGAGCCGUUGACAUUUUAUGCCAAGUGUACGCAGUACGGAUCAGGGUGUGAUUGGCUUAUCAGGGUUAGCAUGAUCAGCAGGAAGUACUGUUGGGUUAUAAGGAGGUAUAAUGGUAGUCACACAUGUACCCGAGCCACGAUUUCACAGGACCAUUCGAAGCUGGAUUCUCUCACAAUUGCAGAAGCGAUAAAGCCAUUGGUUGAGGCGGACCCGUCCUUAAAGGUAAAGUCGGUUAUAGCAGAAGUGCAAUCGAAGUUUAACUACACCAUUAGUUAUCGGAAAGCAUGGCUGGCUAAGCAAAGGGCAGUAGAAAAAAUAUUUGGAGGUUGGGAAGCAUCGUAUGAAGCGUUGCCUAUAUGGUUUGAGGCCAUGUGUCAUAGGGAGCCGUCAGCUGUUGUCCAUUUUGAGACUAUGCCUGCUUAUCAAGGGGAUGAGUUGGUGGGUGAUAUUCGAGUACUGCAUCGAGUAUUCUGGAGUUAUUACCCCUGUAUUAGGGCAUUCAGACAUUGUAAACCAGUUGUCCAGGUGGAUGGGACUCACUUGUAUGGAAAGUAUAAGGGUUGUCUGCUAGUGGCAGUUUCACAAGAUGGGAACAACAAUAUUGUCCCAAUUGCGUUUGCUGUUGUGGAGGGAGAGACUUCUGAUGCAUGGCACUUUUUCCUAAGUAACCUUCGUCAACAUGUUGUCACUCGGGAUGGUAUUGGUCUAAUAUCCGACCGACACGAAUCCAUCAAUGCAGCUGUGGAGCGCAGUAAUGGAGCUUGGUCACCUCCUAGAGCUUUUCAUAUGUUUUGCAUCAGGCAUAUUGAGUCAAACUUUCUGCGGAAAUUCAAGGCACCGUACCUCCAAAAAUUGGUCGUCAACAUUGGUAACCAUUUACUAAAUUUAGUUAUGUUAUUAAUAGAUUCCACCUUCACGCGAUUUCUUUCGACAGCUAAUUUUUUUUUUCUUUGCUUUCCUCCAAGAUAUUCAAGGACGGUGCGGGAGUACGAACUGCGAUACCAGCGAUUGCGGGAACGGGGCGAAGCGUAUACAGACUGGUUAAACCGAAUUCCUCGCGAGCAGUAUGCAUUGGCAUUUGACGGUGGAUACCGAUGGGGGCACAUGACGACGAAUCUUGUGGAAUGCAUCAAUUCAGUGUUGAAGGGUGCACGCAAUCUGCCUAUAACUGCUCUUGUGAAGGCAACAUUCUACAGGCUAAACGAGUUGUUCACCCGAAAAAGAGCAGAGGCAGAAGCGCGGAUUAGUGCGGGGCAUGUGUUCUCAGAUGUCGUGACUUCGAAGUUGCAUGCAAACCAGCUUGCAUCGGGGAACAUUCAGGUCAGUUGCUUUGACCGCCUGAAUGAGGUCUUUGAGGUGCGUGAGAUGCCAAGUGGAAUGGAAUUUGCAGUCGAUCUACGAGGACUUAGAUGUGACUGCGGUGAGUUCCAGGUGGAUCGGAUCCCUUGCAGACAUGUGUUCGCUUGUUGUGCUAACCAACGACUGGAUUGGAAACUAUAUGUCCAUGAUGUGUAUAAGAUGGACCAAAUUCGGCGGGUGUACCGAGCAAGGUUUAGGCCACUUGGUAAUCCUACAACUUGGCCAGCUUACAAUGGACCUCGGUUCGUACCGAAUCCGUUCCUUAGGCGCGUCACGAAAGGUCGCCCCAAGAUGACUCGCUUCUUAAAUGAGAUGGACACGCGAAUGUUACGUCGUCCUAGGCGAUGUAGGCUAUGUGGAGCUGAGGGACAUACUCGUAGCAGAUGCCGUCAGUCAUCUAGUGCAAAUGCCGGCGAAAAUGCUCAGUAG